GGGGACGGGCAUGGAUUUGGCGGGAGUCUAUAAAAAGCCGCCGUGAGGCGAGGCCACCGUCCUGCCAGAGGCGCCGGCGGAGGCUGGGGCACCGCAUCAUGAUCAACCCCAACUACUACCCCUGGGGCUACGACGGCGACAACGGACCAGAUCAGUGGCACAAAAAUUACCCUUUUGCAAAAGGACGCCAUCAGUCACCGAUUGAAAUCAAUAACAAAGAGGUGCAUUAUGAUAGUUCUUUACUACCAUGGUUUGCUAGUUAUGAUCCUGGUGCAGCUAAGACCAUCCUCAAUAAUGGGAAGACCUGCAGAGUUGUAUUUGAUGAUUCAUUCGAUAGAUCAGUGCUGAGAGGUGGGCCACUUCCAGGAGUCUACAGGCUGCGGCAGCUGCACUUCCACUGGGGCUCAUCUGACGACCAUGGCUCAGAGCACGUUGUGAAUGGAGUGAGGUAUGCAGGAGAGCUACAUUUGUUACACUGGAAUCCCAAAUAUAGUAAUUACCUUGAUGCUAAGAGAAGAACUGAUGGGAUAGCUGUUUUGGCCAUAUUUUUGCAAGUAGGGGAAACUCCCAAACCAGAGAUGAAGAGAAUUCUUGAAGAAAUAAAUGCUAUCAAAACAAAGGGGAAAAAUGCUCCUUUUCCAAACUUCGAUCCUUCAAUUCUUUUCCCUAAAUCUCAUGACUACUGGACAUACCAUGGAUCUGUCACUACUCCACCUUGUGAAGAGUGUGUUACCUGGAUUAUUCUUAGAGAGCCCAUCAUAGUCAGCUCAGACCAGAUGGCGAAGCUCCGCAGCCUCUCCAAGAAUGCCGAGAACGAACCCAAUCACCCCUUGGUUGAUAACUGGCGCCCAACUCAGCCGCGGUAUUUCAGGAUGGUGAGCGCGUCGUUCCUCUAGGAUGCGGCUCCUGUCGGGUGGCUCUGAGAGAGGCAACCUCUGGAAAGAAGAGGUGUUUUUGUUUUCUGUCCUUUUGCACCAUUUACACAGAACUCCAGCUCUAGGUCUGGAGGCUGAAAUUUGAGUUCUGGAAUGAGAAUUUCACUUUCACAGGAUAACAUUUAUAACAUUUAAUUUAGGCAAAUCCUACUGUUGAGAUGGAAGUAGGGAAUCUGAUUCUUCAUAACUGCUUUAACAUUAGCUUUUCCUAAUAGUUCAAAGGAAGAAAGAUGAUGCUACUAAUAAUUACAAGACAAUUUCCUAUUGUGCACUUGUCUCUUGAUGCUUAUCUGAUUUCAUGCUAAAGAGGUUUCAGUUAAGAGAAGUAAUUGUUUUCACCAUUAAAGACAUAUUUUUCUGUAGGUGUUUUCAGCAUUAUCCAUAUCCAGCUCUGAGCUGCACCACUUAAUUCGCAAGGCAUUCUUGGAAAUUAUAAACGCUUUUGGUCUUUGGUAUGUAAAAUAUGAAAGGAUAGGAAAUUAUGUUAUAAUCAUUGAUAAAGAGCUAAACUUUUACUUUCUUAAAACAAUGGACAGGUGAAACAGAGGUCUGUUCUGAAAAUUGUAUUCACUGAGUUAUAUGUAGUUAAAACUAUGAGAAGGGGGAAGAGCUAUUUCUUUUUGUGUCACAACUGUGUCCCUUUAUUAAAAAACUAAUUUCCAUUUUAAUAUUG